UGCGCUCACAGCUCUGAGCUGUGGCGAGGAAAAGGAAGCACGAUCCGCUUCAUCACGUCACUCUGGGUCGAGGCGUUGAGCAGGAAGCAGCUUUUCCUCUCGGAUUGUCGCCGUAGGAACAAACAUUGCAUUUCAGUCUUUACUCAAUGCACCCCUCGGCGCAGAACACGCGGAAGCCGGCCAGAAGGAAAAAUGCCUCCUUCGACAGAGAUGGUAGUCGCCCUGCUCCUCGCGGUGCUCCUCGCGUCGGGAACGCGCUGGAGUGCCCACGGCCCGCGCCUUGCCAGCGCGCUCCAGAUCCACGAGUCGUUCGCUUCUCCGAACCGCACCAAUAACUUUGUGGUAGACAAAGUUUCGCGAAACGUGUACCUGGCCGCCGUGAACACCAUCUACCAGCUGAACGGCACGCUGAGCCUGGAGGUGGAGAAGCGCACGGGGCCGGUGCAGGACAACCUGUUGUGCCAUGCACCGCAGCUGCCCCAGGCGCCCUGCGAGCACCCCAAGUCCCUGACGGACAACUACAACAAGCUGCUGGAGCUGGACCCCGAGCAGGGGGUGGUGGUGGUGUGCGGCUCGGUGUACCAGGGUUUCUGCGAGCUCAGGAAGUUGGAGAACAUCUCGGAAAUCGCGGUGGAGUUCCCGCCACAGGGGGAGAAGACGGUGUUUCCGAGCAUGCUCAACAUCGCCGCCAACCAUCCCAACGCCUCGACCGUGGGCCUGGUGUUCAGGAGCCACGGGGGGAACACCCGGCUCCUGGUGGGAGCCACUUACACCGGGGCCGGCACCGCGUUCUUCCCCAAGAACCACAGCAAGGAGGACCUGCGCUUCGAAAACACGCCGGAGAUCGCCAUCCGCUCUCUGAACAUCAAGGAUUUAUCCAGACUUUUUACCUAUGACAUCAACCCGUCAGAGGACAACGUGUUCAAAAUAAAACAGGAGGUUAAAACUAAAAACAAACUCAACUUUGUCCACGCGUUCGUGCAGAAGACGUACUCGUAUAUCGCGAUAAACAAUGACGCCAAGACGGGGCACAAGGAGAGCCAGCCCAACAGCAUCCUGGCGCGGAUCUGCUUGGACACGGAUCAACCCAGGAAGUCCAACUCGGGCCCCGAGAGCAGGAAACUCACGGAGUCCUACAUCCAGAUGCCUCUGCAAUGUGGAUUAAGUGGGAACAUAUACAAUCGGCUGCUGUCAGUGUACCCCGUGGACAUCCACACCGACCGCGGCCAGGGCGCAGAGGCCUACCUGUUCGGAGUGUUCUCCAGGUCGGACAGAAAGUCUGCCCUGUGCGCCUUUAGGUUCGGGGACAUCGAGGAGGCGAUCCGGCAGGGCCGGAGGAACUGCUCCAACUCGCCAAGCAGCGACGUGCAGGUGCUGGAUAGCGUCAUCCAGGGCUCCGGCGCAGCCUGCAUCCAGAAGGGAAAUCUGGUGCUCCAGCCGGAGCAGCUGGACUGCGGGGCCGCCCACCUGCAGCACCCCCUGGCCCUGCGCCGGCCCCUGAGGGCCACACCUCUCUUUGAGUACACAGGUCUCAGCUCUGUCGCCGUGGACAGCGUGCACAAUCACACAGUGGUGUUUCUGGGCACCCACCACGGCCGGCUUCGCAAGCUGACCUUCCUGAAGAACUUCACCUUGGCCAAUCAGUGGACCCUCAAGCUCCCCGCCAGCCAACCGGUCCACCCCAUCAUGACCUUCGAUCCGAACGACAGCAACUUCCUUUAUCUUAUGACGACUCACUAUCUUCUGAGGGUGAAAGUGGCAGAAUGUGGUCGCUACGGGGACUGUAAUGACUGCCUAGGAGCCGGUGAUGCCCACUGUGGCUGGUGUACCCUGGAGAAUAGAUGCACCGUCCAGAAGGAGUGUGUCCCGAGGCCCCUGGUGCGCUCCUGGAUCAGCAUGGGGGAGGGCCCGCAGCAGUGCCCCUCCAUGACCCUGACCCCCUCCGAGAUCAGCCUCUCUGCAGACAUCAAGGACGUGGGCAUCCUGAUCAACGGCAGCGUACCCGACCUGAUUGGCUCCCGCGUGGAGUGUGACUACGGCCUGGGCGUGUCCACGUCGGCCACCGUGCACCUGGACUACGGCUCGGCGCAGAUCCAGACCUGCCCUCUGCUCCCUCGGGACAGCUACCCCCCACUCCCCCCUGGUCGAGACCAUCUUAUUGUCCCCGUGGCGAUAAAGGUGAACGGCACUUCGGUGGUAUCGGGGAGCUUCGUCAUCUACGACUGCGAGCAGACCGGAGCCAUCCACCCAAAGACAUCGUGUAUGAGCUGCCUGAGCAGCAGGUGGAGGUGUUACUGGGAUCAGGAGAGCCACUCCUGUCUCCCCACCAAGGACGAGUCAAAACACAGCAUGCUGGAGAACGCAGCUUCCUGUCCGAGCCUGAUGUCCUUGGAGGUCUCCCCAUCCCCAUCCGGGACGACCCAGGACUUCAUCUUGUCACUUAGCAACGCCGUCGAGGGGGACAGGCUGGAGUGUGACUUUGGCACAAAUCAGAGAUAUGAGGCAACAUGGCUGAACAGCUCCACUGUGAAGUGCACUGGAGUGACACUGGUCACCUCGCAGAGGAGCCACGUGUUCCAGCUCAACCUGCGGAGGGCAGAACACGAGGACAAGUACAUGGACAGCCCCACACCUGUGACGGUGGAGGUGUACAACUGUGGCGUGGGCAGCCGGGACUGCUCCCAGUGCUGGGGCCGUGAGGACCAAGGCCAUCUCUGUGGCUGGUGUGACAACAGCUGCAGGCCCAGGGACGACUGUCAGCCAAUCACAGACCAGUGUCCCGCCCCCGAGAUCCACAAGAUCUCCCCCCUGAGUGGGCCGGUGGAGGGGGGCACCCUGGUGACGGUGCAGGGCAGGAACCUGGGCAAGCGGGCGUCGGUGGUGGAUGUGUCCAUCGGAGGCGUGGCCUGUUCUCUGCUACCUGACCGCUAUUCCGUGUCCGUGGAGCUGGUGUGUGUCACCGGGGGCUCUGGCAGCGACAUGGUGGACGCCGUGCAAGUGUCCGUGCUCCACAAUGGAGAGGGAACAUCCAACGAGCUCUUCUCGUACUUGGUUCCUAAACUGCUGUCCGUGGAGCCAAGCCGGGGGUCCCGUGCCGGGGGGACCAUCGUGCGCCUCAGCGGGCAGCACCUGGACACGGGCUCCCAGGUCAGGGUGAUGGUCAACAGCACACAGGAGUGCACCAUCCUCACGCAAACGGCAGAGAGCAUCGAGUGCACCAUGCCGGCGGCGCUGCACGCCAACACAGAGGCGGUGGCGCUGUGUUUGGAGUUUGAGGAGCUUCCCUGCCAGAGCCCCCUGCUGAGCAGCACCUACACCUACGAGAAGAACCCCACCAUCAGCCUCAUCAAGCCCACCAAGAGCUACCUCAGUGGGGGAAGGACCAUCACAGUAACAGGCCAGGGGUUCGGUCUGGUCCAGCUUGUGACCAUGGAGGUUCUGGGUGUUGGAGUAUCUGACUGCGCGGUGCGCUCCCCCACCAUGAUCACCUGCCUCUCCCCGGCGGCGGACCAAUCGCACCAGACCGCGCUGCAGUUCUUCCUGAACGGCGUGCUGUACACCCGGGAGAGCCCCGCCUCCGCCUACCAGGGGGAGGAGGAGGGGGAGGAGGGGGAGGACGAGGAGGAGGCCGGCGGCCACUUCCUGAUGGACUACGUGAAGGACCCGCAGUUCUCCACCGCCAACAAGGAGAACCUGAUCAAACACCACCCGGGGGAGCCUCUCACGCUCGUCAUCAACAAAGGGCCGAGUGAUCUGGAGCUGGCUCCCGAGGAGUAUUCAGUGCUGAUUGGCUCCUACACGUGUGACAUCAGCUUCCACAAUGACCAGCUGUUUCACUGUACAAUCAACAGCUUGCUGAGCUCCAGCGAGAGAGAACUCCCUGUCACUGUGCAAGUGGGGAAUUUCCGCCACACCAUCGCCAAGGUGCAGCUGGGAGGUAGUGAGCUGGCCAUUGUCAUAUCUAUCGUGGUGAGCUGUGUGCUGCUGCUGCCGUGCACCGUGGCGCUCGUCGUUUACUGCACUAAGAGCCGCCGAGCCGAGCGCUACUGGCAGAAAACCCUGCUGCAAAUGGAGGAGAUGGAGUCACAGAUCAGAGACGAGAUCCGGAAAGGACUCUCCCACCAACAAGCUGCUGUACGCCAAGGAGAUCCCUGAGUACAAGAAGAGGGUGCAGGGCUACUACCAGCAGAUCCAGGACAUGGCUCCUCUCAGUGAGCAGGAGAUGAACGCCCAUCUAGCCGAGGAGUCACGGAAAUACCAUAAUGAGUUCAACACCAACCUGGCCCUGACAGAGAUCUACAAAUACGCCAAGAGAUAUAGGGCUCAGGUGGUGAGUGCGCUGGAGGCCAACCCCACCGCCCGUCGCACCCAGCUGCACCACAAGUUUGAGCAGGUCAUCGCCCUGGUGGAGGACAACAUCUACGAGUGCAGCAGCGAGGCCUGAAGCGUCGUGCCAUCCUGCCCUCCUCUCCUCCUGCUCCUCUCUCUCUGAGCUCUCCUUCUGCUGCAUACUGCCUACUGCCACCCAGCCGGCCACCUCUCCUCCUACUACUGCUACGGGCCGGGGGAACGUCCGUCCCUUACCGAACCGCCCAAUCAAUCAACCGACCGACCAACCGAUAGACGGACGCCCUUCAUCAGUGUCGUUACGUUCAGACAAAAGGCGCCUGAAACCGUUGGUCGUUUGAGAGACUCCUUAUGCUGCCUAUUUCUCAACUGUUCUUCCUCCACCGACGUGUGUUUUUCUUCUCUUUUUUUUUUCAAACUUUAUUCGUUUUCAUUUUUCUCAAGAUGUGGACGAUGAGUCCCGGUCGGAUCCGGACUCUGCCCUGGCAGGGUGUUGACAAGGGAACCCCGGGACAAGCCUGGUUUCUCCCCACCUGAAUGUCUUCGUAGUAACCUGAUACCUAAAGCCCUGGUGGCAACUCUUUACGCACUGACCCCCCUCCCCCCCCCCCCCCCUCCUACCCCCUUCUUCGAGGGAACGAGCCAAUGAUGCACUGUACUGUAUUAUAAUGUCCAUAGCAAUAUUUAUAGAUGUGUUUUAAUGCUUUCAAGUGGCCUGUCCAUCACUUUCUCCGAAUAACGAAUUAUUCCCUUUUUUCCUAAAGCCUGCCGUGUUCUCAGGGCUGAUGGGUGAGGACGCCUCACCCACUGGGUGCUCUGAACCACAUGUUUAACGUGCUUCACAGGCUAAUGAUGGAAUAUAUAUAUACAUAUAUAUAUAUAUAUACAUAUAUAUAUAUUAUAUAUAUAUAUAUAUUCAGGUGAUGUUUUAAUGCCAAGGACCUGUCUGCAAAAUGAUGGAAAUGUAAUUGGUUCUCACGUUGUGUAGUUCGAUGGGAAGGGCUACACGCUGUAAGAAAUCUGACCUAGUGUGCUUGUAGAUGAAUGAAAAUAUCAUGUGGGAAUCAAGAGGGAAAAUUUAUGUUUCAAAAAAAUAUAUGUGAACUCAAUACUAUCUGGGAAUUGUCUGACAUGACAUGUAUCCGUGAUGCCAAAUGACGUGUCAGAAUUUGUGAAAUAAAUUACAGUAUUUAGAAUUUUAA